CGCAAAAUCAUGAAAGUAGUCAGUACGGUGAUCGCGGUACUCUUUUGCCUAUUUUGUGGCAGAAACAACGUAAUGUCGUGGUUGUUGGAUAAGAAAUGUGGAACAUCAUUGGACGAUCAAUACGAUGCGAAGGUUAUUGGAGGAAAAAAAACAAGUAUUCGCCAGAAUCCUUGGAUGGUGCUGGUUCAGUCAAGAGCGAUAUGUGGCGGCUCUCUCAUUACACCGCAAUUCGUCCUGACAGCAGCGCACUGCAUAUCCGUUAAAGGAAUCCCUAAUAGCGGAAUCUAUGUGCGCCUGGGUGAAUACGAAACGAUAGAUCCCAACCCGCACUGCGUCAAUAAUCACUGUAUACCAAGGUUCUACAACAUUAGUGUGCUUUUGACAGCUGUUCACCAUGAUUAUAAGGAAUUCACUUACCAGAAUGACAUUGCGCUGCUUAAAAUGUCCAAAGCUGUGGAGUACUCAGAUUAUGUGAGGCCGAUCUGUCUCCUUGUCGAUGAGCAACUACCAAGCGCUUCAAAAUUCACGUUUACCGGCUGGGGUGGGACAGAAUAUGCUAGAUUUAGCCGGAUCCUGCGGAACACCACUCUACAUAACGUGGAUAUUUCAUUUUGUAACCGUAUGUUCAAAAAACAGGCUGAUCGAUCGCAGAUAUGUGCUGCCAGUCAUACCAGUAACACUUGUCAGGGGGAUUCUGGAGGCCCCUUGAGCUACAAAUUUCACUAUGACAAUAAGCUCCUGACUUUCCAGUACGGGUUGGCCAGCUUUGGAUCCGAAAAGUGCCAGAUUAAUACGCCAGGUGUUUACACCAAUGUACACCAUCACAUGGAAUGGAUUAUAAAUAAGAUGAAAGAUAUCGAUAAUAAUAUUAACAAAUUGUUAUUAUUAAUUUCAAAAUGCAACAAAUUUCCUCCAAUUCAGAAGAUUUCACAUGAAAUUGGGAAAAUGUCUACGACAUAUUUACAACAAAACCAUUAUCGAGAAGUAGAAGUAGAAGUGGAAAUGAAGUAGAGGAAAUGAAAAUUGUGGAA